UUUUGGUCUUGACAGUAUACUUGGCGCCAAGAGCCAGACCGGUAGAGUUGGCGCUCAGUAUUCGUAGAAUGAAUGAAUCAGGCAUCAAAGAACAGAACUCUGCGGGGGCGCACAGGCUUGUAGGGGGCGUGACCUCCUUAGAGGCGGAGUCUCCCAGCAGGGACUGAGACCGGAAGUCUGGGCGGGGCUUUCCAAGUGUGCGCUCACGCCUCGGGGCGGGGCUAACCGGGCAGAGAAUUCGCGGACAGAGUUGGGACUUACUUUCCCUCUCCCCGACCAGUUUCCUUCCCCAGAGCCCUGGCUCACCCGAAAGCACCUCUCCCCACCACUCGGAUCCGCUCGUACUUCUCCAUCUCAUUUCUCAGUCACAUUUCCGGAACACCUACACCCAGACGCGGCGCGUGCGCGGACCCGCCCACCCUAGGGCCACGCCCCCUACGUUGCCAGAUAAUUGGGGGCGGAGCAAGUGAGAUUGGAGUUGGUUCAGCCCUGUAUCUGUUUUGUGCUGUUUAAUGGGUCUUACCAGCCCCCACCCACAGUUACUUUUUCAGGGUCCGAGGAAUGGAGUGUUAUGCCGUUUCUUGGCGCGGUUAGCGGUACGGUACCAGCCACUUCCCACACACAUCUCGGCAUCCGGCCCUCAAAAAGCUUCCUUAGAGCGGAGGGGUGCCCUGCACAACCGUGUGAGGGUGGAAAGCCAGGACCGACCUCUCAGCGCAGCACCUCUUUGCCCAUUAGUGACGCUAUUUCGCAAGGGGAGAGCAGAUUCUCAUUGGCACGCAAAUGAUGAACUACCAAAACUGUACCGAGAGCGUCAGCACUCUCGGGUGGAGGAGACACGGUCUCCAGGCCGUCCGGACUUGUGAGCACCGCGCUCGUCAGCACUUCCAACUCCCCCCUGCACACACACGGCUUUGCCUCAGGUAAUCUGCCUUCAACGCUCAACUAUAGGGAGAAUCUCCUUGAGAGGGGGAUGAAAGGGAAGUGGACCACUAUCUGAAAACAUCAGAGAGAGGAGGAAAGGGAGCUGUUUGGCCGAUGUGGGUUCAAAGCUUCUGCCUAAACGUAGGGGGCUGGUCAGUACGACUGUCUUGAACAGGAGUGAGUUCAAUUCCUGUUGUCUCCCUGUGCCGCCUCCUCUGUGUGAGCUCCAUGAAAGCUCAAAGAGCGAGAGGAUGAUUAUUAGCUAAGGGAUAGCGUCCCUAUUUCUGAGUGAAUGAGGAAUGUGAAGAAAGGAGUGUUUAUGUUCUGUCCAGCUCCACCCCUCAAAAGGGUACUCAAACCUACCCAAGUGGAAGGACCACUUGAGGGUCCCCAUGAGGGGCCCUCGGUCGCUGCCUCAGGCUGCUCUUGGCUGAUAAACAAAGCUGCCCUGUGACUAAAGGGGAGCACAGAGGGGAAAAGCCGCUCAACCCGGGACACUCGUGCUCUCACCUAGAAACCAAUCGGGCCGUGGUUGACCCAGGAGCCCCACAGGGGUUAAUAUGUAACCAUGGAGCUAUCAGGGGAGGCAGAGCAAACACCCAAACCUCUUGGUCCCCUAAGGCUUCUAGCUUUCCCUCCCUCUCGCAGCAGCUUUUCCCGAGCUCCCCCCUCCCCUCCAGCUACACCCUUCCACUCCCUUACCGCCACCCCCAGCCCCAGGUUCUCAGCAGUUCUGGCAUUAGCUCUUCGUUCCACUGGAGGCGGGAGGGGAUCCCGCCCCAAGGUGGGGAUAGGCUGACACCUAGUGACCGCGAGCUGCAACUGCCUCGGGCCGCUGGCCUGAAGAGUAAGGGUCACCCCAGCAGCCCCGGCAAAUCCGCGGUCUUUCCUCGUCCCAGUCUCCAAGGAGCCAGGAGAAGAGAGCUGGGACUGUCUGAGGGAGGACUGUGACAGCCGCACGGCCCCGGGAGCCCAAAAGCGAGCUGGGAAGAGGGGUGGUGAUAGAUUAGUCGACCCUUUCCAGGCACGGAGUUGAUGCGGGGCGCCAUACACGCAGAAAAACUGGCCUGAAGAAGCUAGAGAUCCAGUGGAAGAACAGGGUAUGGGCGGAGAUCAUUGUCGAAGUGAGGCUCGGAUCCAUCUGCAGGACCAGGGCUUAAAGGACCCGGGUGUGUGACGGGCCCCGCCCCGCUCUGCCAAGAUUGGAGUUGAGGGAGGAGAGAGUGUACUCUCAGUGCCCGCCCAGGAGGGGGAGCCGGUAGCCCCGGGGAAAGUAGGGACGCGGGUUAAUGAGGCCAAGCGAGGGAGGCGGGGCUCCAUCGGUAGUCGGGAGGCGCCAGAGAGGGGUGCCGCGGGGGUGGCGGCGCCCCCAGUAGAGCUCCUUUUCGCCCGAAGUCCGCGGGAGCCAGGCGGGGCCGGGAGACCCCGCGAAACGGCGCUCAAGCCCUCGGUGCAGCCUAGGAACCGGAGGGGCGGGAGCAAGCGGCCGGGGCGGAGCGGGGCGGGGCGGGGGCGAUAGGGGGCGGAGACAGAGGCCCGCGGGGAGGGCACGGGAGGAGCGCAGGGGCCUAGAGGGCUCCACGAAAUCUGUGCGAGGCUGGCGGCCGGCAGCGAGGCGGCCGGGGUGGACUGGCCCGAGAGGGAGCCCCAUUCCGGGAGCAGUCCGAGGAGGCCGCCUCGAGGGCAGACAGACGGCAGGGAGGGCCAGCAUGCCCCCACUGCUUCACCCCGCCCUGCCCCUGCUCCUGAGCGCCACGCUGACCUUCCGGGGGCUCCGGAGAGCGCUCUGCUGCCUGCCGCUGCCGGCGCACGUGCGCGCCGACCCCCUGCGCACCUGGCGCUGGCACAACCUGCUCGUCUCCUUCGCCCAUUCCAUCGUGUCUGGAAUCUGGGCGCUGCUGUGUAUAUGGCAGACCCCGGAGUUGCUGGUGGAGAUUGAGACGGCAUGGUCGCUUUCUGGCUACCUGCUAGUUUGCUUCUCCGCAGGGUAUUUCAUCCACGACACGGUGGACAUCGUGAUUAGUCAUCAAGCCCGAGCUUCUUGGGAAUACCUGGUUCACCACGUCAUGGCCAUGGGUGCCUUCUUUUCAGGCAUCUUUUGGAGCAGUUUUGUCGGUGGGGGAGUCCUAACAUUGCUGGUGGAGGUCAGCAACAUAUUCCUCACCUUCCGCAUGAUGAUGAAGAUCAACAAUGCCCAGCACCUUCUCCUCUACCGGGUCAACAAAUAUGUCAAUUUGGUCAUGUACUUUCUCUUCCGCCUGGCCCCUCAGGCCUACCUCACGCACUACUUCUUGCGUUAUUUGGGCCAGAGGACUCUGGGCACUUUUCUGCUGGGUAUCCUGCUCAUGCUGGACAUCAUGAUCCUCAUCUACUUUUCCCGUCUCCUCCGCUCAGACUUCUGCCCUCAGCGUGUCCCCAGCCAGCAACACAAAGACAAGUUUUUGACUGAGUGAGAGGCACAAAGCCUACAACUUGUGGCAAGAGCAAACACAGCCAAGAACAGAGCCUCACACAUAUAUGAAAGAAUUAGCCCCAAGCCUGGGGCAUCCUGGGGAUAACCUCUCCACCUUUCAAGUCUGCACCUACUAUUGAAAAUGCUAAUGAAAGCACUCCUCCGAAGUCCUUGUCCUUUCUUGGGCAAGGGGUGAGGAAAGCAGACAGACCGGUUGGACAUGCUGGUUGGGUGCGGGGACAAGGUGCUAUGAAAGGCAGCCAUCCCACACUGCCCUGAAGUGGAUGCUAAUGAGAAUUGUGUAUUGUGUACUGGUUUCAUACAAAGCCUCUUCCAGGGAUAAAGGGAGGGGUUCUUGUUUUUUCUCCUACCACUAUGAUGGUGGCAAAUCGUAGUUGUCCUAGGACAGACAACCAACCCUCAUCUGGGCCACGAAUAUUUGAGUUCCUGUUGCUAAAAU